AUGAAACGUCUUUCUAUCGGGAGGCUACUAUUCUAUGUAUUUUUGGGUCUCGUUGCGAGAAAGAUUGUGACUGCGCUUAUUGCCAUGCAUUAUGUAAAAACAUAUAAGGAUGAAGUCAGUUUUGAUGCAAUGAUGUCUAGCGACUUAUUCAAAACUACGGUAACCUCUCUUCCCACCAAUCAAGGAGCAUUUGUUGCCAUUCUCAACUCCCAUGCCUUACAUAUGACUCUUAAUUGGUUAUGCAACACUGAAGGAAUAAAAGGAGUACAUGAAAAAUUACUUGUGGUUACACUGGACAAAAAAGCAGCAGACACACUAAGCGAUCUUUGGCCAAACGUUCGACAACUCAACUGGAUAGUGCCCGGUUUAAAGGAUGCAUUCAAUUACGGUGAUGGAGAAUAUCAGUUAUUCUACCUAUUUCGUGCAAAUUUAGCACGAGCUUUAUUGGCUAAUGGUAAAUCUUUCUGGAUGAUUCAGCAGGACACUUUUUGGGCUGACAGCUUAUCUAACGUAUUUGAUGUUGAUGCAAGAAACGAGGAUAUUAUUUUUGAUAGAGCUUCCGAAAUUGGAGAUUUGAUAGCAGGAGGUUACUAUUACGCUAAGCCUAAUCCAUCUUCCAUGUCAUUCUUCGAAAGAUUGUCAAAGGAUCUUUCAUGGUGGUAUGCAAUGGACAAUGCCUAUAUGACGUCACUUUGCGAACUUUCCGGUCUGGCGAAAUGCGGUGGUUUGCCGUAUAGGUACUUUUCUCCUUAUCACUAUUAA